CGGCCUAAUCUUGGAUCCGUUAUAUUCACACAGUGCACGUACGGCCGGGAACUCAAUUUGCUCAUGGGGAAUUGCCAGACGACUGACGUGGCUGCCGUUGUGAUCCAGCAUCCGGACGGGACAAAGCAGAAAGCAAGCUGCCCGCUCUCAGCCAGCCGCAUCAUGGCCGCGAACCCUGGCCACUACGUCGCCGUCGUCAUCACCGUCGUCGCACAGCGCCGCUCGUGCUCCGCACCCUCAGCAGCUGUCACCGCCGACGAGCUUUGCGGGAAGGCCGUUCGCUAUCUCAAGUUGCUCGCCCCGGACGAGCCACUUCAAGUCGACCAUUUCUACCGCCUCGUCAGCUUCGAAGAUGUGCUGCGUGAGUUCGGGACGAAGAGACAAGUAAGGCUGAGUAAGCUGGUGGCGACGAAGAAUGAGAUCAUCAAGAGGCCGUGCGACGGCGAAUCCAAUGUUGCUGCCUCGUCGUCGUCGGUGGUGGACGGAGAGGAAGGAACGCAGGGAUUAGGAUUUCAAUGCUCGGGGGGUGAAAUUUGCUUUAGAAGCACAAAGCAAGGUCAAUGGAAGCCGAACUUACAGACCAUUUCUGAGACUGCAAAGUUUUAAUUAAUUUAGUUGUCAAUUCCUAAGUAGACACAAUAACUUCAAUCUCGUGAUCAAUGUUUUAUAUAUGCUCCUCUUGU